GGAAAAUGAAUCCAUCUCAAUUAUACGCCUGUGCCAUGGGUGGUAUCAUUUUGUGGCUCCUGGUAUCUCGAAUUAUCCGCGUCUGGGCCCAACGGCAACACUGGCCACUGGGCAUUGUCUGGCUGGGUGGAUAUCUCUACCGCAAAAUUAUUUUCUUCGUACUCAGGCACCUCAUUUACCCCCAAGUAUUUCGUACUCGCUCGAGAUGCUGGGUCCUACUCCAAUCUAUCUACUGGGCAGGAACGCUUACCUGCAACUUCAUAAAGACUGAUUCUCUAUCGUCAAUAGCGGCUCGUGCUGGGAACCUUGCUGUUCUUAAUUUUGUUCCUUUGGUGGUUGCCGGCAGACUGAGUCUAGUCUCAGACCUGUUAGGUCUGCCUAUUCGAUCGUAUGUCGGCAUGCAUGGGACACUUGGCAUAAUGACCUGCAUCCAAACAGCCCUACAUACCACCCUCACCAUCCGAAAUCGGGGGUGGUCACCAGAGCACCCUGUCCAGUUCUAUGGAUUAUUGGCACUUUCCGCGUUCUGCUUAUCUAUCGCGCUUUUAAUCAUUCGGGGAUAUCUCUAUGAAAUAUUCAUCAAGAUGCACUAUAUCCUUGCCCUGGCGGCAUUGGUUGCCGUUUGGCGUCACGUACGCCUCCAGAAGGCUUUUGCCCAGAUAUACAUGGUAGUUGGCAGUGGCAUCCUUAUUGGGACCACCCUGCUGCAUUGGGCCAUACUCCUUGUGCGGAAUAUCACACUCAAACAAUUUGGCUCAAGAGCUCAGGUUCACAGGGGUGACGGCUGGGCUCAGGUCGUCAUACCUGUCAAUAGGCCCUUUACCGUCCAUGCUGGUAUGACGGUCUAUAUUUGGAUGCCCGGGGUUAGCCCCUUCUCGAUGUUUUACAGUCAUCCGUUCACAGUGACAUGGUGGGAACUGAACAAACAAGGGAAGGCGACGAGCAUUUCCAUUUUGGUCCAGAAGAAGGACGGGUUUACCCAGAGCCUCGUGGACCAUCCGGGCAGAGAGUUCCUCACAUGGAUUGACGGGCCAUAUGGUGAACGGAUUGAUUUGUCGUCGUACAACAAUGUCCUCCUAGUUGCGUCAGGAAUUGGCAUCGCUGCUCAGAUUCCUUAUAUCCGGGAACUGCUCAACCAUCGCCCGAAACGUAUAUUUGUGGCGUGGGAGCUUGACGAUAAGUCAAACCUCAAUUGGGUCUAUCAGUGGAUGGACCAGCUCCUUUUGCAAGAUCAGGAAUCCUAUAUACUUCGGUUCGGCCUCUAUUUGCCAAGCCGUUCGAAUAACUCUGAACACCCAGAACCGUGGAAUAGUAAACAUGAUCGCAUCUGGAAGCUCUCUGGAGAAAUCGAUCCUUGGAAGGUAGUAUCGACGGAUUUUUGGCGCCAAAGCGGAACCUCUCUGGUAACAGUUUCUGCAAACAAACGUAUCCGAAAGGGAAUAACUGAAGUUAUCCAAAACAAGAUGGAGCAUGUCGUCGAUCUUCUUGAACUGCCUUUCCAACCAGGUAACCCUCAAAUGCACCAACGACAGAAGACGAGUACAGAACGAGUGUGAUUUGAUAUUUUGUCCGUUCGACGAUCGUAUUGGCGCUUUUGAUAGAGAUAGGAAUGCGUGGUGGCUUGUAGCGCUUUUACUGGCACGUCCCGGCUGCAUUGUGGAUUAGGAAGCUGUUGAAGCCAAUUCGUUGCUUUGAGCGAACAGUAACUCGUAUUGGUUAAUAUCAGACGUACUGUUACU